AUGGGUCGGCUCGGCCGGAGUGAUACCACGGCCUCACAGAAAACCGGCGUGAAACAACCACAGCGUUGUGUUUCGCCGUAUCGCCAGUUCUUCCACAAAUGGGCUCUGCUGACUGACCCUGAUGACGUUGGAGCUGGUGCCAAGGGGUACCUGAAGUGUGACAUUAGCGUCAUUGGCAAGGGGGAUGCGAUCAAAGUGCCUCCGAAAAGUGAAAAGGAUGAAGACGAUAUCGAGGCAAACCUGCUUCUACCUGAAGGCGUACCAAUUGAACGUCAGCGCGCCAGAUUCAUUGUGACGAUCCACAAAGCGGAUGGUCUGCCCAAAAUGAAUUAUUCACUUCUGGCUAAUGUCAAGAGAGCAUUCACUGGAGAAAGCCAGGACUUGGUGGACCCAUACGUGCAAGUCUGCUUUGCAGGAAUGACGGGUUCGACGUCGGUACGCAAGAACUCAUACACUCCAGUGUGGAAUGAACAGAUAGUAUUCACGGAGAUGUUCCCGCCCCUGUGCCAGCGUAUCAAGCUGCAACUGCGGGACAAUGUCCCGGUGAACCCCAACGUGAUCGGAACACACUUCAUCGAUCUCAAAACUAUUUCCAACGACGGAGACAGAGGCUUUCUGCCGACAUUCGGGCCCGCCUACAUCUACAUGUACGGCUCCACCCGCGACUACAGCCUGCUGGAUCAACACGCGGGCCUCAACAUGGGCAUGGGCGAAGGUGUCUCCUACAGAGGAAGGCUCCUCGUGUCCAUUCGAACGGAAAUAAUUGAUGGCAUUGAGUGCCCCCUAUCGGAUGUCGAGGUGGAACCGAUUCCCCCAAUCAACGAGUCAAGCUUCGAGAAGAAUGAGGAGUUCUUCCUCUUCGCCAGCAUCUUCGAAGCCAACAUGAUUGAAAAGCGUCUCACUGACAAGCCUCUACAGUUUGAACUGAGCCUUGGCAAUUCUGGAAAUUCGCUGGACGGACAUAAUGAGUCUGUUAAACGUCCACACGACUUGGACGGUGAACUAGAUGAACUUUGCGCUGACACGGGGUACUGGCAGAGUACGACGCAACCAACGAAAGCAGCGUCCACGGACAAGAAUUACUACUACCUCCCUUACUGGGACCACAAACAAUGCAUGCACAUUCGCAGCAUUUGGCCAGACCAUCGUCGAAGAAUGUACAACUCCAACAUGAUCGCUAAUAUCAUAGAAAAAUAUGAGGAAGGCUUAUCUGAUGCUCAAGCCGCGAUCGAUGCGGAGAUACACCCAGACAGUACAAGCGUGAUGAUGCUCAAGAGUACACUGGAGAGCCUCAGUACUGCUUGCACCGCCUAUGUCCGUCACAUGGCCAACGCGCCACCUCUAGGCCAUACUAAGCUGGACAAGGAACGACAGAAACUCUGCGUCUACGAAAUUGAACAAAUUGCUUCCAUGGCAAAAAGCCUGAGGGCUUUGAUCACAAAACACUCAAUCAAGGAGCGGCUGCGCACCGCUUACUCUUACCUGAGCAUGCUGAAACAUCUAUGUGAAGAUUGGCCAGGCAAAAAGUCAGCAUCGCCUAGUGGAUGGUCUAUACCAGCUAAGAUCACUGUCUAUCUCUGGCUGGGUAUAUUGCAACACAAGAAACAUUACAUAGACGGCCUACCUCAGGGUUAUGAAGUUACCUCCGAACUCCGCAAUGCUGAUAAACUACGAUCUAAUGCUCCAUCGGCAAUAUUUUAUGCUGAAAAACACAAUUUUCAAAUGCGAGCUUAUGUGUACCAAGCCCGGUCGUUGAUUGGAUCCGAUUCGUCUGGUCUCUCCGAUCCAUUUGCACGCAUUGUGAUUGGAGAAAGUAGCGCGACUACACAAGUCAUUGACGAAACUUUGAGCCCAACUUGGGACGAACUACUUGUCUUCGAUGAUGUACUGCUCUACAGCACAAUUGAACGUAUCAAGGCUGAUCCCCCAACGAUAGUCAUAGAAAUUUUUGACCAAGAUAAAGUUGGCAAGUCCGAGUUCAUUGGCCGGACUUUGGCUAAACCACGCAUAAAAUCAUACGAAGAUGUCCAAGGUGGCUCACAGAGUGCACCGUCUUUGGAAUGGCACGAGAUCACACGUGGAGACGAUCGAGCUGGAGAGUUGCUGGCUACAUUCGAGCUACUCGAAAUACCACCGAAACAAGAUUCAUCCAUACUUCCUAAUCUACCUUCACCAAGGGAAGCCAACGGAAAGCCACCUAUUGAUACAAAUAAAGGCCCAAUACUUCCCGUACCUAGAGGCAUUCGCCCAACACUGUCCAAAUAUCGCAUUGAAGUACUAUUCUGGGGCUUGCGCGAUUUGAAACGUGUUCACCUCUUGACAGUGGAUCGACCUCGCGUCGACAUUGAGUGUGCGGGUAACAUACUGUACUCAUCAGUCAUACAGAAUGCGAAACGUAAUCCCAACUUUACAAACCCCAUCAGGUUUGUUGACGUAGAACUUCCGGAACAAGACCUGUACAGACCACCCCUGACCAUUCGUGUGGUUGAUUGUCGCAGCUUUGGGCGUAUUACAUUGGUGGGCACCCACACAAUUAAUUCUAUCCAUAAGUACAUUUACACUCCAAUGAGCAAACGCGAGAGGGACAUUGAAGAGAGGAAAAAAUCUUUGAUUCCAUUACAAAAUGUUGAUUUGCGAGCCAACUGUAUAGUACCGGAUGAUACUUUUACAAUUGAGAACGAGAAAGAAAGCUGUCCAUUGCUGACACGCGAAGGUAGGGGUGCUGUCUCUUAUGGCUCAGGAAUAAAGCCUCAAGUGAUGCGCAAAAAAUUCACCAAACGUGAGUCGAUGAAGAAAAGGAAAACCAGCACCGAUUCUGCUCUUGAUGACGAUGAGGGCAACAAAGAUUGGUGGACCAAGUACUUUGCAUCUAUAGAAUCAAUGAUUGAAGAAGAGAAAGAGGCUAAAAAGGAGAGACAGGGCUUCUUGCAGCCGUCUCAAGCGCAUUGCUCGUCAGACUUGCGUUCACCGAGAUCCGAAGAUAUACACUCGCCGAAAUCUAGUCGUGAGAGGGAUAGAGACAGAGAACGUAACAGAAGGAGACAGCCAACGUCACCGAAACCAAAAGUUAGUCCAACGCUGAAAAAGAAUGAAAUUCCUCGUUCGGCACUGGCUAAGAUAUACCCGCAUGAGCUGGAAGCUGUGCCCGAAUACGAUGAAUUCAAGGAAUGGUUGCAUUCCUUUGAACUAUACAGGGGAAAGAAAACAGGUGACGACUCCGAAGAUGAGAACAGAGUUGUUGGUGUAUUCAAAGGUGCUAUUAAAGUAUACAAAUGGCCUCUUCCACGAGGGGUCGAUGAACAUAAUGCGACGGGAUAUGAUCCCAAUUUUAGGUUUUUCCAAGGUGUUCCCAAUAAUGAACCAAUUCAUGUACUUGUACGCGUGUAUAUAGUUAAGGCCACAGACUUGCAUCCAAUGGAUCUUAAUGGUAAAGCUGAUCCAUAUAUAGUACUUCAUCUGGGAUCAAAAAGGAUCAGCGAUAAAGAGAAUUAUGUAUCCAAACAACUGAAUCCUGUUUUCGGUAAAUGUUUCGAAAUCGAGGCAACAUUCCCACAAGAUUCACUGCUGACUAUCCAAGUUCUGGAUUGGGAUCUACUCGGAGCUGACGACCUCAUUGGAGAAACGAAAAUUGAUUUGGAAAAUCGGUUUUACAGCCGACAUCGGGCUACUUGUGGACUGCCCAUGAAGUACGAAGAACAAGGCUACAACCGCUGGCGCGAUGCUAUGAAGCCAACACAGAUUCUAGCCAAACUUUGCAAAGACGGAAAAUUGGACCCUCCGAUCUACGAAUACGGUCGAGUUAAGAUUGGACGUACGGUCUUCAACAUGCAAAUGGAGGACACGGAACUGUUCUCAAAUCCUGACACUGUAGAGGAACAAAUGGCUUUACUGGUACUCCGUCGAUGGCAGGAGGUCCCGAGGGUGGGAACUAGACUGGUGACAGAACACGUUGAGACGCGACCCCUCUACAAUCCAAGUAAACCAGGCAUUGAACAAGGGCGCCUGCAGAUGUGGGUGGACAUGUUCCCUAUGGACAUGCCUCUACCCGGCCCUCCUAUGGAUAUAUCUGCUCGCAAGCCCAAGUCCUACGAAAUGAGGGUCAUUAUAUGGAAUACUGAUGAUGUCGUACUGGAGGACGACGCCUUCUUUACUGGCGAAAAGAUGUCCGAUAUUUACGUGAAAGGGUGGGUCAAAGGUCCAGACGACUGCCAGUCAACUGACAUACACUACCGCUCACUGACUGGCGAGGGUAAUUUCAACUGGCGCUUCAUUUACCCAUUCGAUUACUUGGAAGCUGAGGAGCGCAUCGUGAUAUCCCGUAAGGAAUCUGUCUUCUCAUGGGAUGAAACCGAAUGCAAGAUACCAGCGCGACUCGAACUACAAGUGUGGGAUGCAGAUCACUUUUCUGCGGAUGACUUUUUAGGCGCCAUAACUCUAGAUUUAAGCCGAUUCCCACGUGGUGCUAAAUCCUCAAAACUAUGUACGCUAGAUAUGCUUCAAUAUGAUGGCUCAGUUCCGAUGGUCAAUAUAUUUAAGCAAAAACGCGUUAAGGGAUGGUGGCCCUUCUACAUCAAACGCGAUACGGAGGAAAUGGAGCUGACUGGGAAAGUAGAGGCCGAAAUCCAUCUCUUAACGCGUGAGGAAGCUGACAAGGUUCCUGCUGGCCUUGGACGCAAUGAACCUGACCCCCUGGAGAAACCUAAUCGACCAGACGCAUCGUUUAUGUGGUUCCUGAACCCACUCAAAUCGAUCCGCUACAUCGUCUGGCACAACUACAAGUGGACCAUAUUAAAGGCUUCCAUCAUCAUCCUGCUGACUCUCAUGAUACUGCUGCUGGUGUACGCUGUACCCGGAUACACCGUCAAGAAACUUCUAGGAGCUUAA